AUGUCGCAAGGCUCGGAUUUAGGUGUUCAGGGCUUCGCUGACCCCAGCGAUUCAGAGAGUUCCGACCGUGGCCCAGCCGGUUUCGCAGAAGACUUGCCGCCGGUGCCAUGUGCGCCUGCGCCUCUGGCGGCUCUGGCGGGGCCCGUAGCCCUCCUCGAGGCGGCGCCGUGGCAUUCGUGGCUGCGCCGCCCCAUGGCCCCGAUGACCGCGACAGUCUUAGCUGCAGCUAAGAAGCGCCCCGGCGGCCAGGACGCGACAGAGGUGGCCGAGUGGCGGAGGGUCAUCUCGCUGUGCAUCGGCGACGAAGGCCCCCGGCAUACCGUCUCGAAGGCCGCCGAGGCGAAGCUGCUUGACAUCCAGCGCAAACGGUCAUCGGAAAUGAUUUUUGGGUUGGCGUCAACUGUGCAGCAUUUGUUCAGCGUGUGCUGGUCGUCGCUGCUGUCGCGCCUAGGACAGUCAGAUUUCGAUUUGAUGGCAGUGUUCACUGGCCUCCGCUACGACGAGACCCCGACGAAGAUGAAUGUCAGUGCGGGGCCAGCGGUGAAGGUGGAGCCGAAGAGGGGGGCUAGCGCGGCCAAGGAGCAGCACAGCAAACAGACCGCGAAGGUACUACAGUCCGAGGUGAAGCUCGGUGUCCUGUUUCGCGCGCCCAGGGAGAAGCCGCAAUUCGUUUGGGGAUAUUUCCCCUUCCAAAUUGGCGGCCAUGGAUCACGCCACUGGCGAGGUGCUCAAGGCGGCGUUGGCCGAUGCCGUCCCGUCGUUGCCCCAGGAGGCCAUCGACAAGUUUGCCACCAAGUACGUGGUCAUGUGCAGCGACAGGGGCAGCAACAACAAACGGUUCGAGGAGCACAUGAGACAGACCGACGCCGCCAGGCGUUACCUCGCACUGGAUUGCGACUUGCACAAGUUAUGAUAGACGCUUCGCGUGUCCCUCUCGGCCCUUCCCGCAACCAGUGUCUCGUUUAUGUUUCACGUGGUUUCACGUUGAAGCACCCUGGCUGGCGACUUGCUGCGAAUCUGGGCGCCCGCGGUCGAAUCCGAAAUGGCGGGGGCGUCUGGAACUUGAGUGGAUUCUUGGGUUCGCCUUGA